ACAACAAAAAAUAAAAUUCUCUACUGCCGCAAGAGUCGAACAUCAAGAAAAUAGAUAGAACAGCAAAAAGUGCGUUUCAGUGAGCGAUAUCGACCUCCUAUCAGUGCAAAAUAGUACAUAUAGGACACAGUUGUGAUUUGGACUCAGUUGUGAACAAAUCAAAUGAAGGCUUAGUUGGAAAAUAUUGGAAAACGUGAAAAUUGUAUGGCUUAACCAUGGUCGUAGGAAAUAUCAUCCAGCAACUGGCACAGUCUAUUGGUGUAGGGGAACCUGCUUUAAGAUUGAUCUUGUCGAUUUUCCUAGGUUAUCCCUUGGCCUGUAUUUAUCGUCAGUUUAUCUUCUCAACAUCUAAGCUUAUCAAUCAUCUGUUCAUUAUAAUCACUGGACUGAGUAUCCUUUACUUCAACUAUGGAUUCGAUUUGUACCAUGUCGUGUUGGCGAUUUUUGUGGAAUAUAUUCUGGUGCACGUCCUACGUGGAAGUGUGCUGACUACAGUCUCGUUUGCGUUCCACCUUGGGUAUCUGUUAAUCGGCUAUUACUUUACUUCAUCUGAUACAUACGAUAUCAAAUGGACUAUGCCACAUUGUGUUUUGGUCCUUCGACUCAUUGGUCUAUCGUUCAAUGUUGCCGAUGGACAGCGACCAGCCGAGAAACUAUCCACUGAGAAUAAGAAAACCUGUCUCGUUAAACCACCAGGGCUGCUGGAAAUAUAUUCAUUUGCCUUGUUUCCGGCUAGUUUGCUGAUUGGACCACAGUUUCCAUUCCGACGAUACGAUUCGUUUAUCAACAAAGAAUUCGCUCAAUACACUGGCAAUAUGAGGGCUGGUCUCAUUCGUGGUGGAAUUGGAUUAGCUUAUUUGAUCGUACACCAGGUUGGAGCAAUUUUUGCCUCGGAUGAUUACAUACUGUCUGAGGAGUACGCCAACAGCGCUUAUAUAAACAAAUUGUUUAUGCUUGGACUAUGGGGUAGAGUGUCCCUGUACAAGUACAUCUCCUGUUGGCUGUUAGCUGAAGGAGUCGCAUCAUGUUUCGGUCUUACAUUUGUUGGCGUUAAAGAUGGCAAAGAAGACUGGUCCGGCUGUGCUAACAUCAACCUAUACUUGUUCGAGAAUUGUUCCCGAUUCCAGGACUACAUUUCUUCGUUCAACAUAAACACCAACCACUGGGUGGCUGAAUACGUGUUCAAACGGUUGAAAUUUUUGAACAAUCGCCACAUCAGUCACGGUGCUACGCUACUGUUCUUGGCCGUAUGGCACGGAUUCCAUUCGGGCUAUUACAUGUGCUUUUUGAUGGAAUUUAUAGUCAUGAACUUUGAAAAGGACAUCGAAACGGUGUUCAAGCGAAACGAACCGUUUAUGAAAUUCUGCUCAACGCCACCGAUCAGUUGGAUCUGCUUCGUUUUACUGAAGAUCUACACCAUAGUCGGUAUGGGCUGGUCCUUAACACCGUUCGUUCUAUUUGAUGUGGAAAAAUGGUGGCAUGUUUUCUGCACGGUACGAAUGUUCGGUUUUAUUCUGUUUGUGCCAUGGCCGUUGUACGCCAUAGUUUUGAAAACUCUGUUGCCACCAACGAAAUCGUCUAAAACGACUUCGGACAAACCGAAGACUAGUUAAUUGGAAUUGUGAGAGAUCGAGAAGAAUUUCAAAUGAACAAAUUGUAUGUUUGGUUUCGUAGGGAGAGAUUGAGAUG